GACAGCAUUACUAUCAGAGGGAAGAUUGAUCGAUUCCAUCCACGUAGUGCGCAUGCGCCCCCGCUUAAACCACUAGCGCCAAAAUGACAGCUCAACAGCCAAGCGCUCACUCAUCGCCUCAGGCACCAUUAGGUGACAUCUUAAGCACAGCACAGAAUCUAGUGUCGAUGUUGACCGACACCUUAAGUUCGCCAGGGAACGUGAGGCCACUCAGACAGGGCAGGCCUAAUUCAGCAGAGCUUGGUGUUGGACAACAGAAAGAGGGGGACCAGUCAAGUUUCAGUGGACAGUCAUCACAACAAGAAAGAAGGUCCAAGUCAAACUGCCAUCAUGGGCACUCAGUACAGCAAGAAAUGGCUAGGUCAUUCCCGGGAUUUUUCCGAAAGGAAGUAAGGGGUAAAAAACGUUUUGGACCAUAUAAACGCCCAGAGAAAAGCUUGUUAAUGGUUUUUUUCCUACUUGACCAACAAUAUGAAAGAACACCCAAAGGAGAGUCAGAACUAGAACUUACACUUGCAGGACUUGGGAGAAGAUCAUUAACUAUAACAGAAAACAUCACUCAUUCAGAGCUGUCAGAGGUGCUUGUUAAUGCCUAUCCAAAACUGGCAAAUAUCUGUGGAGGAUGGUUACUGCACAAGUGCUCUGAUUGCAGGAGAAAUCAUGGCAGUCAGUCUGGCACAAGGUGGACCACCACCUGUGUUUUUGCGCGAGUGGUGCUUCCAAUAUCUUUGCUCUGGAGAUCAUGACAGUAUACGGGUGUCUACCAGUGAUGUCACAGAUUUGGAAUUUUCACUGCUUAUUGACAAGUUCUGUAUUCAGGUUAACUCAUGUCACUCAACAGAUGACAUGAGUGAGCUUACUGAUGAGAUUGUAGGCUGUGGAUACACUGGAAAGGUGUCUGUUGACAUGAAAAGCAACAUCAUCAGGGCCAUUGUUCUACAUUCCACUAUGAGAGUUGUUCCAAUGCUAGAGCAGCUUCGAAAAGGCCUACAGCUCUAUGAUCUCCAGAAGGUCAUGGGAAUGCAUCCAGACCUAUGUCUACCACUGUUUGUACCAGGGGAAAAAGAUGACCGGGUGGAUGCAGCCUUCAUUCUGGAAAAUUCCCACCCCGUCUUCAGUGAGAAAGGUUCCGUGAAAUACAGCAAAGAAAUCAAUGUAAUGAACUUUCUCCAGGACUUCCUACAGGAAAUUGAAGAUUGUGAAGGUGAACAAAUGACUGCUGGUAAAGUUAUGCAAUGGAUGACUGGCCAGAGACAUAAGCCUAUUCUUCCCAGCGACCAGAAGGACUUCAACAUCACUGUUCAAUUCAAUCACGACUGUGACACACUUCAUACUAUGUGUUUUCCAACUAGCAGGAGUGAGUGGGCACUCAAUUUCUGGAACUUGAACUCCAACAUCAUCAUCUGUCACACAAUCGAAUGUCUCCCAGUCUGUUCCAAACAGUUGCAAAUUCUUAAAUGA